AUGCAGAGCCAACGACAGUCAAGCCCCGCUGCAGCGCCAUCCCCACCACGGCCAGCCAGGCAAACGACAACAAACAAUGACGCGAACCUCCUUUCACUCCCGCUGAAGCGCCGCUCCCUGCAAACAGCCGCCGCCACCACCACCACUACCACCAACAUGCCGCUCCCCCAGCCGCACCCGCAGCCGCACUCGCCCGCCGUCCUCAACCCCACACCACCCCGCCGUGCGCCCUCGACGCCCAACUUCAAGGCUACCCCCUCAAUCCAGCGCAGCCCUAGCGUAGCCAGCUUCCGCUCCUCGACGCCGGGCCUCACCCGAAAGUCGUCCACUUCAUCCCUACGCGGCGACGCCCCUCGGGCUUCUGCCUCGCGCCGUGCGUCCUUCAACCCCAUGAUGCAGUCGCCAAUGCCAAAGAGCCCGCUGGCCACCUCGUGUCACCAAGACAAGCCGCCCCUGCGCGCCUGUGACGUUGCCCUUGACUACUUCAAAAAGGAAUUGGCCCGCCACGAGGGCAUCACCGGCGCCGUCAACGCGGGCACCGUCGUCAUUGUCCACGACCAAUGCUACGGCCACCGCUUCUCCAGGCCCAAGACGGCCAAGAGCACCCUCAGCCUCAUCAUGGAGCGGCCAGAGAGGAUCCUGGCCAGUGUCUUGGGUAUAUCGACAGCCUAUGUCCGGCUGGGAGAGCGACACGCAGACGGCAGCCACCCACCCCAUCCACACCACAACCCUCCGGACCGCGUCCCAUUCAAGAUCCGCAAGACCUCACGCGCUGUCGACAUUACGUCGCCUGUCGUUACCAACGUACACGGUAUAAAGUGGAUGAAUGAACUCAAGUCCUUAUGCGACGACGCCGAGAGGAAGUUGGCCUCGACAGGCAAGGAACUGGCUCGGGAUUCGCCUGCAGUCUCAGGACAGGCGUCGAAGAAGGAGUUGCAUGCUGGAGACCUGUACCUAUGUCCCGAGUCCUUGAAUGCCUUUCAGGGUGCGCUCGGAGGUGUUUUGGAUGCCGUUGAUGCUGUCUUCCAGGGCACAAGCUCAGGCGACGGGCCUUCACGGGCUUUUGUCUGCAUUCGUCCUCCAGGUCACCAUUGCUCUGACGACUUCCCCUCUGGUUUCUGCUGGAUCAACAAUGUACAUGUCGGCAUUGAGCACGCCAUAAUGACGUACAACCUCACCCACGCCGCCAUCAUCGACUUUGACCUACACCACGGAGAUGGGUCGCAAGCAAUCGCCUGGGCCCGAAACAAAAAGGUACACAACAUGUCCAAGAAUACACCCAACUGGAAGAAGACAUCCAUUGGCUACUUCAGCUUGCACGAUAUUAACUCAUAUCCCUGCGAAGACGGUGAUGACGACAAGGUCCAGGCCGCCAGCUUGUGUAUCGAUAACGCACACGGCCAGUCCAUCUGGAACGUGCAUUUGCAGCCCUGGAAGACUGUGGAACAGUUCUGGGCCAUCUACGAAGAAAAGUACAUGGUACUGCUCGAGAAGACACGGCAGUAUCUCAGGCAUCACACCAAUCGUCUACGAACUUCACCAAACCAUCCGGCACCCAAGGCUGCUAUUUUCCUGUCUGCCGGGUUCGACGCAAGCGAAUGGGAGACUGCAGGCAUGCAGCGUCAUUCUGUUAACGUACCUACCGAAUUCUACGCCCGUUUCACUCGUGAUGUUGUCCGCCUGGCUGAGGAGGAGGGUACAUCUGUCCAAGGCCGUGUCAUCUCCGUUCUUGAAGGUGGUUAUAGCGACCGAGCGCUCACUAGUGGAGUCAUGAGCCAUCUCAGUGGUCUUGUAGAUGGCCAAGUCUGGACCGACGCCAAGCUCACAACAGGCCUUGCGUCUCCUGUGCGCGAACGACUUAGUGCCCUCAGUGUCGACGAUCAGCAUGUCUUGAUGCAGUCUGUCGAGACGGAAGCGACGCCUCUAGGGUAUGAUCCUUUUUGGUGGCACUCGACCCAUCUAACAGAACUCGAAAAUCUUGUCAACCCUGCUCCCUUGACCGUUCCAAAGAAGCCGCCCCCUGGACCUAAUGCUCACUUCUCAUCGCCCACGCAGUCUUUUGUUGCCAAAGUCGUUGAUCCUUCCAAGCUUACCCGUAAUCUCUCUGCCAAAUAUGCCUCCAGUCCCUCGAGAGCGCCCACACCUCCUCCACCAGAGGUUGAUUGGGCUACUGCUGCCCACGCUCUCAGCAGUCUGUUGAUUCCUACUGAUCGACAGACGCGUAGCCACAAGCCAGAAGACCUGAUGGAAGUAAAAGCAAAGAAAGAGAAACCGGCUCCGCCAGUACUGACGUCUGUACAUGUGGACAAGUCAGGGCGGCAGUUGCGUGGCCGCAAAGCUGCGCCUUCAUACGUUGAGCGUAGCUCGGGAGACGAGAAGUCGCAUCACAAGGAGUCUCGAGCAAGCAGGAGGCAGACCAUCGCUGACUUCGCUCCAGCCAGCACCGAGGCUCCGCCAGUGUCAUCUGCCUCGCGUCGCAUGAGUAUUGCCUCGAGCGUGUCUUCAAUAGGAGACCGUAGAAGCUCGAGUCGUGAGCCCAAUGUAGCAACGAACAGAAGAGGUGCAGCUCCCUCAGCAGCGCCCGUCAAUGAGGUUGGUCUGAAGAAAGCACGGGGCCAGACAGCAGUGGCUGCAGCUCGCGCUCCUCAGCGUCCUUCUGCACCACGCGCGCAAUCAGACUACUCCAGCACGAAUGCCGUACUCAAGGGUAAGGAGAAUGACGAUGUUGAGGCACUGACCUCUGGUCUGAAACGCAUUACACUGAAAAUGCCUUCGAAGGAGGAGCAUGACGCUCGUGAAAAAGAGAGAGAAGAACAGCUCAAGGCUGCAGAAGCUUCAAAGAAGACCGGGACACGAAAAACGCCAGCGGCUCGCGCAGCUCCUGCCAAGUCUGGAGCAAAAGCGACGAGCACUGCUAAAAAAGGCACAGGACGGGCAAUGAAAUCUUCCAGGGUUACCUCUCCCCAGGAAUCGAAGGCACCUACAGCUAUACCUAUGCCUGACGAUCCCUACGUGCAAGCUGCUGCCGCGGCGACUCUGCAACAGCCUCAGCCGAUUUCAUCUCAGGCUGCAUCUGGACUGGUGCAAAACGGUACCCCACAGUCUCCUGAUGGAACCCAAGUUCUAGAUGGGGCCCCGGGAGUUGAUCGACGGAUUUCUGGUGGAAUCGUGCAGCCACCGACGGAGCUACACGACAUGGCCAUAACUCCCGAGCAGAUUCGUGAGCACCUGCCAAUGCCGUCGUUUGUUACCGUGGCAGAACCAUUGACAAACGCUUCGCCACCUUCUCGUGCCGACACACCACCGCCUCCACCACCAGCGAGCAUGCCUCAGUUUGUCAAUUAUACGAGUGAGAGCUUUGGUACUGCACCGAGUUUUGCAGCGCCAUCGAAUGUCUCUGACCCGCAAGCGUCGGCAACCUUGCAGUGGGUGGCCAACACUCACGCCGAGACUACGGACAUGGCUGCGCUGGCACCCAUGUCACCUCCGAGCAAGCGGAGUGAUCUUCCCGUCUUCACGGCGAAUGGCGCAAUACCUUUUGCGUCGAGCUCUGAUGGAGCAGGGCAAACAGGUACGAGCACAGGGGCCAAGAAGGAAUAG